CUGAGUUGUGAGUUAGAAUAUUAUUUGUUUGCAGGAAUUCCAAUCAGAACAACUCUUGAUAACUCUACAACAGUCCAGUAUGCAGGUCUUCUUCAUCAGCUCACCAUGAAAGCUAGGAGCACAGUGAGAGAUAUUGAUCCUCAGAAUGAUCUAACCUUUCUUAGGAUCAGAUCAAAGAAACAUGAAAUCAUGGUAGCUCCAGAUAAGGAGUAUCUCCUGAUCGUUAUUCAGAACCCAUGCGAAUAGUCCUACUGCAGCAAUAUUUUUAGAGACAGUGAUGUAGCUCUACUUUUUAAACUAAUAUUCUUUACUGAUAUUUAAUAUCAAACAUACCACUGAGUAAUUUUACAUAAUGUGUAACUGUCAUGACUGAAAUGUUGCCAAAUUAAAGUUUUCAGUUGUAGCUAUGUCAAUUUCUGCCUGAGCAAACCAUAGUGCACAAAUUAAAAUAGUGUGUGUUUAUCUUGGUACUCAGAAGAGCAAUAAUAAAGCAAAAUGCUUAAAACCCUUUUUAAUGGA